UCGCUCUUUUAAUUCCAGAUAUAUCUCGUUAUUUAACUUGUAAAUCUAGUUUUUACCCUUUUUAAAUCUACAAACCGAGUAAAAUAAAAAACAUCAGAAUGGAGAGUGGCGGAAUGACAUGCAUUAAAUAUUUGAUGUUCUUUUUCAACUUGCUUAUUUUUCUUGCUGGAGCGGCUCUACUUGGUGUCGGUAUUUGGGCCGCAGUUUCUGGCGAAACUUUCAAGCAAGUAGUAUCGAAUGAUCCUCUGAUUUUCAACUCUAUCUAUAUCAUUAUUGCAGUAGGAGCGGCUCUAUUCCUUAUUGGAUUUUUGGGUUGUUGCGGAGCCGUCAAUGAAAACAGAUGCUUGUUGGCAACGUUCUUUGCACUCGUUUUGAUUCUCUUCAUUAUUCAAAUCGUUGGGGCAGUCCUGGCAAUCGUGCUUCGUACUCAGGCGGAACAAGCUGCUCGUGAAACCAUGAGAACCAAUAACACGGACUGGGAUGCUUUCCAACAGGCGUUCACCUGCUGUGGUAUUGAUGGGCCGGACGACUGGUCUCCAAAUCCCCCAGUAUCUUGCUGUCCCGAAGACAAGGCAUGUACGCCAGAUAAGAUAUUUACAACUGGUUGUAAAGAAACCAUUGCUGCAAUGUUCUGGGUGGUCGCUGGUAUUGCUCUUGGAAUUCUUGUGAUUGAGCUUCUGGCGAUGAUCUUCUCUUGCUGCAUGUAUCGAAGUAUCGGAGAAUCUGAGGGUUUUGCUUAAUCUUCAAUGAGAAUAAUCGUUAAUUUCAGUUUAUGAACUUAUCACAGACCAUGCCCGAUCAAUCAUAUUUCAUCACCGUAGAUCCCUGUUAUCUCAUACAUGAAACGAACUUGAUGGGUAUGAAUCGAUGAUUUGAUGAUGUUAAGAACAAAUAAAACAUUCUUGCCAAGAUUUUUUGAACACAUUUAUAUUUUGUUUUAUUGAUCUUUUGAGCACGGGAAGCAUUAUUUUAUUCAGUUGCUGUUAUUUUUAUACCCUUUGCAGUCAUUUUAUGGUUUCAGAUGCAAUAAACAUUUAUGUUCCCAAUAUUACUGAUAAAACAGUAAACAAUAGAAUAUAAUAAACUUAACAAAAAAGCGUUUUAAUCUCAGGAAGCGAACGUCAACGCACGUUUCCGCCUUUAAGCCAUUUGAAUCAUCAUAUUUACUGCGCAUGCCUUUUAAAAUAAAACUCUUACUCCACUUUGUGCAGUCUUGGAUGUAAAAUAUAUUGCACUGAUUGCACUUUGGUGCAUUGCAAUACAUUAUAUCACAUUUCCAAAUCAUUGUUGACAUGGUGUUGUGGGAUAUUGAUUUGUUUUUUCUCUUGUGUUUCAUUCAUUUUAUUUCUGUACUAUGUCGAUAUCAUUCCUGGACUUACAGACACAUAAAAACUGUUUUAUGUAUA